CCUUCCGGUGGUUUACGUUCAGGAAGUAAGUGGGGAAACCAGCUCUCUCGGCACAAUGAAUGUGAGGAAAGUGGAAAAGACAGUUCUGAGUGUGGAGCAGGGAGAGGGGGUCGGUGCUCGUGUUCGCAGGAGCAUCGGCAGAGCGGAGCUGAGGAACCUGGAUCCCUUCCUCAUGCUGGACGAGUUCAGAGUGAGCAAGCCAGCAGGUUUUCCAGAUCAUCCUCACCGAGGAUUCGAAACAGUAACAUAUGUUUUAGAGGGGAUCACGGCCCAUGAAGACUUCUGUGGCCGUUCUGGACGACUGCAUCCUGGAGAUCUGCAGUGGAUGACUGCAGGACGGGGGGUGGUCCAUGCUGAAAUGCCUGUAUCAGAGGAGCCGGUGGUGGGCUUACAGCUGUGGGUGAACCUGCCGAGGCGAGACAAGAUGGUGGAGCCAGCGUACCAGGAGCUCAAAGGCUCCGAGAUUCCCAAACGCAGCCAGGGAGGGGUCACAGUCGCUGUUAUAUCUGGAGAGGCUCUAGGAGCAAAGUCCAAGGUUUUCACGAGGACACCGACCCUGUAUCUGGACUUCAAGCUGCAGGCUGGAGCCCUGCAUGUGCAGCCAGUCCCUUCAGGAUGGACUACAUUCAUCUACACGUUAUCAGGAUCCAUUAACGUUGGCCCAGACCCGGAGCAGCAGGCGGUGGCGUCCCAUCACACGGUGGUGUUCGGAGACGGAGACUGUGUCAAGGUUGAAAACAAGGGCUCUGAAGUCUCUCAUUUUGUGCUCAUCGCAGGAGAACCGAUCAAAGAGCCUGUGGUACAACGCGGUCCAUUUGUCAUGACGACAGAGGAGGAGAUCAGUCAGGCCAUCAGGGACUACCAGAGCGGAAGGAAUGGCUUUGAAAGAGCCGUAAACUGGAGAUCCAAGAUCAGAGACUCUUUCUAAAUCAGUGGUGGGAAACCUUCACCCUCCAGUCUAUGAGACAAGACAUAUAUACAAAAAGAAGCAACAACUCGGAAAUAUUUUUGAUUUUAACAAAUAAGAUUUAAGAAAAGGGUUUCAGAAACAAAUGACCAACUCUAGCUUUUAAAGGUUCCCUGUGUAGAAUUUAAUGACACUUUGUGGUGAAGCUGCGUGUUACAGCUGAAUCCCCCUCACCUCACCCUCCCCUUCCAAACAUGAGAGAGAACCUGUGGUAUCCAUCAGUUGUCAUAAAAACUCAAAAGGUGUUUAGUUUGUCCAGUCUGGGCUACUGUAAAAAACAUGGCGGCCUCUGCAGAGAGGACCCGCUCCAGAUGUAAAUAUAAAGUAUUUUAACAUAGAGGGCUCAUUCUACGGCUAAGGAAACAACAAUUCAUGCAAUUUAGAUCAAACACACUAGGACUAUUUACUAGAUAGAAAAGAAAACAUCCCUUUCCCCUUAAUCUUACUCACUGGACCUUUAAACCUCCUGAGCUUCCCACAGAAUUGGGGGCCGCCCAGGUAGUUAUUAAACAUGUUUAAAAUAUGGAUGAUUGCAUCAGUACUUUCCAAGUGGAAACAAACCAGAGGCGUGUAGAGCUUUUGAAAUGGUGACAGAGAAACAACAUACUGUACGUCUGCGUUGGACAGCUGGGUUCGAGGAAAUGUUUUUCAGUAUGUCGCAAGAAUACAAGUCCCUGAAGAGCGUGUCUCACAUGACUAAUCACAACCAGAUAAUUAUUAGCAUUACAAGCUAGCAUAACCCUGUAGACCCAUAUUAAACUGAAUGAUAGAUGGGGCGUGUUGACCGCGACUACACAACCGUUUUCUCAUCCAGACUCGUUUCUUUUGCCUUUGGUCUAUAUCUCUACAAAGUGAUUUAGCUCUCACUCUACAGAGAGAUUGGUGCCCAACAAGGUAAACAAGCGAGUUUAGUGUUGAGUGAGAUAACAGCUAAGAAGCUGAACCCUCCCUGAGAAGGAGAGAUUGUGAAGCCUUGUCUUGUUGUGACUGUGCAGCUGCUUGCACCAGACAAAGUCAAAUUUUCCUACUCUGUAAGAACAAAAGCCAGGAGAUCAAUGUGCUCCAGGCAGUUGGCGAGAGGUUUCAGGAACUGAGUUAUUAACUGAACUGUUUAAUGUGGAACCUGCUGAUGUGCCUGCAACAUGAAAUCAUCAAGGGGCAAAGUACAACCACCUCCCUCUGCUUGAGUUCUAUAAACUACGUACGUCAUGAGGAUUUUCCCAUUUUGAGGAAGCUUACACUUAGGUUUGAGGUAUUAGAGAACUUGAUAUACACUGUUAAAAAAGUUCUCUCAAAUUUCAUCUUUUCCCCCCUAAAUUAAAUGUAAAUGCCAUAAAAAUACUUUUUAAUUAUAUUUAUUAAAAAUAUGAACCAUAGAAUAAAAGUUAUGCAUUAAUUGAUAGCAGGAAAUUAAAGAUUUCUUUAACAGGAUUAUUUCAUUAUUCAAGGGCCUUGAAGUUUAGAUAACAUUGAAUUUAAAGUAGAAAAAUAUAGACUAUGCUGAAUGUAAUACUUGUAUUUAUGUCUGUGUUUCAAAAGAAUCUCUGUUCAAUAACUUAUAACUUUUUUUUUUACGAUAAUUUGACGCUAAGUGGCAACUUUUGCUGCCAAACUUUACCGUUUUGCAGUUGUUUUUUGCAGUGUACUGUCUGUGUUGGGUAAUUUAGUGUGGCCCCUGAAGGACGUUAUGAAAACUGAAAUUGUUCUUGACAGGAAAAGAUUCCCCACUUCUCUUCUAAACCCUCCUGUUGCCUCUAAUACAACAAACUGUCUUUCUUGUUAUAGAAACAUAUUUAUGGGGGUGUUCGAUGUUGAACAUUGAACAAUGGAAACCUGUUUCUUUUAGAAUAUGUGCUGCAUGUGUUUACAGGACAUUUAGCAUUUUACAGCGUUUAUUUUAACUUAUUACACCCAAGUGCUUCAGGUGGGAGUGAAUGACAUGCCCCAGUGUUGGCACAGUGGUCGUUUACCCCCUCUCCCUUGUAAAAUAUAGGUUUUAUGGAAAAUGUGCCCCUAACUGCUCUUUCUCCCUUCCCCUAUUAAAUUUAACCUUUAUCCCA